AUGAUUAAAUCAAUUUUAAUUAUUAAUAAUCAUGGUAAACCAAGAUUAAUUAAAGUAUAUGAACAUUUGAGUGAAGAUAAACAGCAACAAUUAAUAAGGGAAUUGUUUUUAUUAGUUUCAAAGAGAUCAGAUAGUUCAUGCAAUUUUUUAGAAGUUGGUAAUGGUUCAAAUGUUUUUGAUAAAGAUACAAAGGUUAUUUAUCGUCAUUAUGCAACCUUAUUCUUUGUAUUUGUAGUUGAUUCAUCAGAAUCAGAGUUAUCAAUAAUAGAUUUAAUUCAAACUUUUGUAGAAGCAUUAGACAAGAGUUUUGAAAAUGUUUGUGAAUUAGAUUUAAUUUUCCAUAUUGAUAAAGUACAUUAUAUUUUAGAUGAAAUGGUUAUGGGUGGUUUAGUAUUAGAAACAAAUCCAAUUAUCAUACAUUCAAAUUUCGAAGUUCAAAAUAAAUUAGAAAAAGCAGAAAAUCCUUUAUUAUCAGGUUUUCAAGGUGUAUUAUCAACAAUUAAAAAUAAAUAA